CGCUCUCCUCCUCUCGGCUCUCGGCGAUCUCGUCGUUCUGCGAAGGUCGGAACUGCUCUCCGACGAACACGAACGGGCACAGCUGCGAGGGUCCUUCACUGCGAUUUUUAUUGCGGUGAUCUCAUUCCUUUCUUUUUUCUCUUGUUUCGUUUCGCUUGGUUCUUCAUCCGUCGAAAUUUUGAUUCGGGUUCAGAAUUUUUGUUGGUCUUGGGGUUCGUUUAAUCGAUUCUUGGUUGUCGGCUUUCUUGUGGGAAGAUCGAUCUUUCUGGUUUUCUCGAUCGUUUUUCGUCACCACGCCAGUCUCGUUCUGGUUUCGAUUGGAAAAUAUGUCUUCUUCGCGUUCUAGGCGUGUGGAGUACGACCGCUUCAUCCCGUUCCGGUCGGCGAUGGACAUGGACUACGCACGCUUUGCCCUAACCAGGCCUUCGAGACCGAAGCGUGAUGGUUCUAGGGAAUCCCCAUCGAGCGUGGCGUACCAAAAGCUUCUUGAUGACUGCAUUUUGAAGAACAGGUCUCGUAUCCUCGCUUUCAAGACUGUACCUGAAGCGCCGGCCAGCAAGCUGCCCCAGUUUGACGAGCCCAUUCGUCCGCAGAAGAAGCAACAGAGGCGAAUCCCUAAAGAACCAGAGAGGGUUUUGGUAAUCCACGUCUUGUUGGAUGAUAAUGUUUUGAAUCUCCUCGACUGGGGAAGCAAUAAUGUGUUGGCGAUUGGCCUUGAGGACGCAGUGUAUCUCUGGGACGCUGCAAACGAGUCGACUAAGCUUCUACAACCCGUAGAAGACAGAGGACCUAUCACUUGCGUCCGAUGGUCGCCAGACUGUGCAGUUCUUGCUGUCGCAUUUGGCAAUUCAGAUUUAGCCCUGAUUGAUCCAGCAACAGGACAUGUCGUGGAUGGGAUGGAAGAUGAGAACCAGGCCCCUGUGUUGUCACUUGCGUGGAGAAGUAAUUCAAUCUUGACGGUCGGAAGAUUUGAUAGCACUGUUAUUGAUUAUGACUUUAGAAAGGAUGACAUGUUCAUCUGUUUCUAUAAUGGGCAUCGGCGUGGAGUUUGUAGUCUUAAAUGGUCCUUGUUGUCAGGGCAGUAUUUGGCGAGUGGAGGGCAGGACAAACUAGUGCACAGAUGGGAUGCUUGCAUGCCUGUCGCUCGUCAUGGAUGGGUAAUUCCACAAGGUGAGUUGAUUGUUCGGCGAACCAUGGAAGGUCAGUAAUUCAGAUUUGUUUUUGUCCCAUAGCAAUGCACAAACUUCAGAGCCAGCAUCAAUCGAGUUCAAGC